UUUUCAUUGAAGUGACAAGAAGUUGUUUUGGUUGCCACGUUAAACCCUAAUGUUGUACUGGUAAAUAAGACAGUGACGUCGAAUGGCUUUUAAUUACCACUAGGCGUUUUGUCAACUUCAUUCAUUAAUGCAUCUUUAUGGGUAAAGAUGACGAAUGGGUGUGCUUGCCACGGUCAUGGCAAAUGAGCUCCCUGGAAUUAGACCGCUACCAAGUAUCGCUGGGAACAGGUUUUGUUUAUCGGCUCCCAGGUAUCACCGUGCAGCGGCAGCGCGUCGUACCGCGGCUGAGUGCCUCCGUUAGGCCGCCCGGUUCCGUCUCCGGAUCCCAACUCAGGAACUGGUGUCAGUACACUGUGUCCAAGACCGUGUCCUGUCAGGUGCAGAAUGGGAGCCAACCCACCGUGCAGAGGGUGCUUCAAACCUGCCGCUGGCCCGCAACUUGCUCCAAAGUCCUCAGCUACAGGACCGUCCUCAGACCAUCUUUCGUGGUGUCCUACAAGCAGGUAACAGCGUUGGAGUGGAGGUGCUGCCCGGGUUUUUCUGGCAAGGAGUGCCGUGAAGAGUGCAUGAACUGCACCACAUUCAUGGACAUGAGUGUCAGAAUCAACAGCAUCGAGUCACAGAUAAAACUGCUAGAAGACAUGCGUUUGCCAUCACCAACUGUCAGCAGGCCAACGCAGGGACCAGCUGACAACGAAGUGGGUCUUCCGCUGCCAACUCCACCAGAUAAAUGUGGUUGUGAGGUAGUACAAGGGCCCAUCGGACCACCAGGCACAAUCGGACCUCGAGGUCCACCAGGGAGAACAGGCCUUCCUGGAGUCAUUGGACCAAAAGGGGACAGAGGUCUCCCAGGUGAAGGAGGUCAACCCGGCCCACCUGGUCCACCUGGUCCUCCGGCUCCUCCUUCCAGGGGCUCGAUCAUACACGUGAGGGGGGAUGUGUUUCAAGUGGAUGAUCAAGACGGGGAGUACAUCCGUCUAACUGGACCCCCUGGUCCACCCGGCCCCCCCGGCCCACCUGGCUCUCAAGGUCCUUUGGGACCGAGGGGCCCCGGCGGUAUACCAGGCAUACCAGGACAGAAUGGCAAGGACGGAGACCCGGGCCAUCCUGGAAAUAAUGGACCGAGAGGUGAUCCAGGGGAAAGGGGGCUUCCUGGUGAAAGAGGCGAGGAUGGCCUACCUGGACGACCGGGGCCCAAAGGGGAGCCGGGGGAAAGCUUCAGUGAUCCGGACGCGGUGCCGCAACUCCGGGAGGCUUUGAAGAUUCUGGCCGAGAGGGUCCUCAUCCUGGAGCACAUGAUCGGCAUUCACGGAAUCCCCGAGGGAUCCGGUUAUGAUGUCAUUAUGGACUCACCCUCCGAGACACUCCGACAAACCAAACGCCGCCAACCCACUCCGAAGCCCACACUGCCGGAGAUUCAACAACCGUCUUCUGUUUAAAGCAAUUUCAGUGUAUGUUUUCAGCUGGAUGUUUCAUUUUUUUUCCUCGCACUUUUAUUGCCUUUUUAUUGCCAUAAACAUCCUAGUGGGUCAGAUAUGAUACUUCAUAGUUCCUUUUUGGCACGGCUACAGCAAGAGUUCACUCUACAUAAGUUUAGUAGCACCACUUCCGUAGUGUCUGACAAUGAAAUAUAAGCUUAUAAAGUAUAAGAGUCUUGGCUUCUUUGGUUCCACAGAUAAAAAAAAAAAAAGCCUAGUAAACUGAUCAGUUUAGCUGACUGGCACUUGCAAAGCUCCCCAGGCUGCGAUAGGUGAGCUUCCUGCGAGCCGGAGCCCAAAAAGGUACUCUUUAGUGUCGAACAACUCACUCCCAACAUCCUCGGCGUUCAUCCUGUGUCAACCUGUCAAACAUAUUUUUAUGCUCCUCUCUGCCUCGUUAAAGCCGAGGUAAGACACGACAGGCUGCCAGCAGCGUCCGCUUUAAAUGAUAGUUUGCUUUUUUUUUUUUUUUUUUUUUUUUAAGAGAGCACAUCUGGAGAGCCCACAUCUGGAAAUUUUUUUUUUCUUUUCUUCGCUCACAACCUGGCGGGACUGCGUCUUCGUUAUUGCCUCACAAUAUUUAAUCCCUUUUUAGAAUAAAAAAUGUUUUGUUUGUUCAGCGCAUGCCCAAAAUGUAUUCGCACUCUGGCCUUAUCUUGUGUUAAAGAACAUUUUAAUUUGUUGAAUGGGUGUAUUAGGUGGAAAUGACACAGUAAGGUGGCAAAAACACUUAGUUAAAUGCCACUUUAGUUUUUUUAUUACAUUGUGGAAUGUCAAAAAUAAUGAACAAUAUACUUAAUAUGUAUUUCAAACCACAAGAUGGCUCAAAGACAACAAAAAUUAAUCACUCAAAAUAUGGUCAACCUCUGACUCAUUUUGGGCUUAACUCUUAUGUACGUGUACUUUACUUGACAAUAACAUAUGGCGCAAUCAUGACAAAUACACCACAAAUUUCCAAAUGAUGCCACAAAAUGGCUGCUCCAGUAAUAAAUAAAUGUGCAGUUAAGACACUCACUGGACAUUUCAUUAGUUACACUUGAGAUCAUAUACAAAACGUCUGGGGGGGAAAAAAUGAUUUGAAUGCUUAAUUUUUAUAUUUGCGCACCAUUAUAGCAAAUUCCUUGAAAUGUUGAUCCUCUUAGUGAGUUCAUUGACCUUACCAAAAUAUUAGGAACACCUAACCUACUUCUACAGCAAACUAUAUAUACAUGAUAUAAUUUGGCAUGACUGAAUUUCACUCAACAACGUCUCCAGUGUGUAUAUAAAGUAUCCUGUACGUGAAAUGGACUGUCAUAUCCUGUUUGCAUCUUGACAUAUAUAUUGAAAAAAAAAAAAUCAAACUUUG